AUGCUACCCUUUUCCAUUUCAAGUCAAGAUGCUCAUUUUGCUCUUGUACCAGCAAAAAGGGCAAGAGACGUGGAAAAGUUUACCACUCAUAUUCAGACUCAUUGGCCAUUUGAGCCUUCUCAAGCAACGCCAAGAACACAAUCAGUUCAUCUUGUUGGAUCUUGGGAUAAUUUCACUAAACGAUAUCCAAUGGAACGAGAUUCGAGACGGUCUCGUGAGCAAUGGCGAGGUUGCCACACAUUCGAUGAUAUCAUUUGUGAUGGUGAUGGAAGUAGUUUAAUGAGAAGAGCUGGUGGUUUGAAGAUGGCUUCAACAUAUUACUACUACUAUGAGCUUGACGAUGGUAUCGAAGUCCAUGACAUCGCCAUACCUUUCACCACUACCUGUCCUUAUAUGCCAGGUCAACCAGUCAAUAUCCUCUGGAUACCAGUUGAAGUCCCGCCGCUACGACUUCGAAGCGGUUCCGUGGGUUCUAUAAAUAUCACAGAAGUCAAAACAAUGAAUCCCGCCGAUAAAUUUAUGACUCCUCGUGCUCCUCCAACAAAGCCAAAUAUUGCACGAUCUGCUCCUUCAUCAUCACCACAUGGAGAGGUCUCCGAAAAACCAUGCUCCUGGUCGAAAGAUGGAAAGCUUGGUUGGGCAACAAAACUCUUUUCAGGCCGCCGAUCACGACCUUCAUCGCCGAAUCAACCACUUGCCCCAAGACGAUCAUCUGAUCCUGAUAUCAGCCAAGCUGCCACACGAAGUAGUUAUUCAUCCAACUCGAACACUAUCCAUCAGCCUAGCCCAAGCCGCUCCGAAUCACGCUCAAGAACACCAUCUCUUGCCAGAGCGCAUGAUUCCAUUCACGAUAACCUUGUGGUUCUCGAUAUACCCGAGGAAAUUUCUGAAGAAUAUGAAGAUGAUGACAACUUUACCACACAAUUUAAAGAAUUUACCUUUGGAGAUAAUAAGAGCAUUACUCAAUUAUCUCCUGCGCCAUCUCGCCGACAAGCAUCACCAAUUUCCAAUACUUCUAAACCAAUUCCAGAACUUCCAGCUGAUGUAUUUACAUCUCCACUUUCAUCACCUCUUCCACCUAAUCUAUCUUUGAUACUACCGAGAUCUCACUUUUCGAUCUCCACCGUCUCAACAGCUUUUACUUCUCCUACCGAUAGUCAUUUUGGUUUCAGCGAUACCUCGUCAAUGUUUGAUUCAUAUGAUGAAAGCGAUCUAAAUGAGGAAACCGGUGAUACCUUCACAUACAACCCAAUGAUUUCAGAGGUUGAAAAGAGGAAAUCUGUUGGGUAUAGUUUACCCUAUGAAGAACAUGCUUCUGAGCAUACCAUACGAAAAGCUUCGAUAUCGCAAACCACGAGUUAUAAUGCGUAUCCUCGCGAUUCUGGAUUCAAUGAUAGCAUUAAAGAGACGGGGAGAAGUGCUUUGGCGGAUUUCUUGGAUGAUAUGGGAUAUUUGGGGGAAACUAUCUCUGAUAAAUGA